AUGUCGCCAGUCUACACAAGCACGGCUGAGUGUCACAAUUGUACCAAUGCGGACGUACACCGAGCACGCGAAGAGGAACACUCUGACAGCACGUUGUCUACGCCUUCAAACGCUCCGGCCGCACGCUCGACGAUUUUGGUGCUCAAGCAGUUAUCGGUCAUCUUUCUAUGCUGUAUGGUUAAUGCGUCGUCCGCACAUGUACUAUCAUUUCCAAUCUAG